UACCAUUAUCCUUGUCAGUCGAUUUCAGUUGCUAGUGGAGUGAGCGGUUAUAUUUUAAAUAUUUAAGGUUUCAACAAAAGGAUUCUUUUUGUACUGUGAUUACUUAAAACAAUGGAGAAGGAACCACAGCCCGAUUCUAUGGCAACUAUUACAAUUAAACCCGAAUAUCCACCAUCUGAAAUUUAUUCUUCAGAACCACCUCCAGCUUAUCACCGUUCCAAUAGUCCAACAGUUCAAGUGGCAAAAAUCAUUGCCGUUACAGUUGUGUUGGUGUCUUUUGUGUUAGGUAGUUUCUUACUAGCCUCUGCUUACGUUACGGCAACUGCUUCAUGUCGACAGUUGGAACAAGAGUUGGAACUACUUAAUGAAGCAGCCGACAGGUUUCAGUCUCCUUUAUCACCAGAAGCUCUUGUGCGGGAAGAUCAACAAACACAAAGCUCAAAUUAUUUGAGUACUAAAGAAUCCCGAAACCAAGAAAAUGAGAAUAAGAAUAAUAACGUUGACUCCACAAGUCCUGAAAGUUCUGAAAACUCUGUCAGCGAGUCCUCCAGCAGUGACAGUAGUGGUGAAUCGGAUGAGAAAACAGUUUUCCUAAAAUUGCCUUUGCAAUUAGACUUUGAUGAUCUUGGUGCUUUAUUUGAAAAAAGUAAAAAACCUAAAAUUAAUUGCGUAGUUGAGAAAAAACGUGCGGAAGAAAUUGUUGAUCAUAAACCGAAAGCUAUUAAUUUACCCUUUGGACUUAAUUUAACAACCGAUCCAAGAUACGAACGCUUUAGCGGUGAAAGAAUAUCGAUUUCUUGCGACAGCGGCAAUGAACAAAAACUUUUUAGACAAUCACCCCAAGAAGAUGAUCAAGUUGAAGAAACUAUGGUUAUUCAACCUGUUAUGAUCCCAAUUCCACAAACUCAUUUCCCAACACACAUGGCUCAGCAGUUACACCCUUACGCACAAAGACCAGCACAUCCAAUGGAGGCGUCGAUGCCUCCACGAGUACAACAAAUCAGAGAACAAAACCGACUACCGCCUAACCAGAUUUUGCAUCAAAUCGCUCAGGAGGUCAUCGCCCAAAAAAUUAUGGAAAUGCAAAGAGGACGAGAAGGACAAAACCAGGAAAUGCAAUUCAACACUGAACAAAUGGCGCAGAAACUUCCCAUACCUGACGAAGUUCUUGCACAGUUGAAUAGAUUUCCAAAUCGCGAUGUUAUUGUAACUGUUUCACAAGAAUUUGACGAUACACUACAAGAUUUGAAUGAAGGCCAAACCAAUCCACAAAAAAAGGUUUUUGUACCACAAGGAGCAAAAACUAUUUUUCAACAAAUGAACGCUGCUCCACAACAAAUACACCCAGUUCCUUCAUCACAGAACCAAAGAGUUGGACCGGAUAUGCGUACACAACCCCAGUUGGUGAUGUCAGCGGCACCAGAAAUGCAACAAUCAGCUCCAAUGGAAAUGGUUAAUGUCCCACCAGUUGUUGCUGAAGCUUUGCAGGAAUUGAAGGCUUAUGAACAGCAAAGACAAAACGCCCAAGAAGUUAAUGAGAGGCAAAACCAGAUGUUUGAUAGAAAUCCUGCAUCUAUUCCCAUGCGUAUGAUUCCACAAGAAGAUGCAGAAUCUCGAACCACUGACCCAGAGGAGCCUAGACCUCACUAUGUUCAGCCUAGAUCUGUGCGUUCGGUGGACGCUCUACUUCCCAAGGUUGAAAAGAGAGUCAAACGCUGUUCCUGUGAUUGUGCUUGUUAGGAAGUAAAAGCAAAAAGUCCAUUUUGUUUGGAGCAUACUUCGUAACCAACAUAGUUUUAUAUUCUACUAAUGUUAAAUGGUUUAGAUGGAAAUAGUGUAAAUAGAGCUUAAAUACUAAUGUAGUGCCCUAGUAAUGCCCGUAGUUUUUGUGAAUUAAUUGUAAACUGCUUUAUAUAAUUAUUAUGGUAUUGUAUCUAUUUUUGGACAUUUUGUGUAAACACAAUUGCAAUAAAAGAUUACACCACUA